AUGGCAACCGUAUACGCCGCUUCCAAGAGCCCCGUGGAGUCUGCCAUGGCGGGCGUGGGCGGCGUGGAUAUGGGCAUCGACGAACCCCGAGCACGACACUUAUCAAUUCCUGUGCCCAUAUCUAUCGAGGCUCCGUUGGAUGAUAAUUCGCCCUAUUCGAGCCCUCAGCCAUCUCCUCGCACGAGACAGCCUCUUCCGAAUCCUCACUUCGUAUUCCCAGCUCGCCAAUCUCCCUCUUCGGCACCAUCGUCCUUCUCGAGAGCAACUGGGCAACGGUCGAAAUCGGUUGCAAAUGUUCAGGAUGCGACUAGCGGUAGUGGCAGCUUGGGUCCUUCCAGCGCUCGAGCACGUCGUUCUCCUGCGCUCCCGGACUUCAGCUUCAACCCGGGUGCUCAGCUGAAGCCCGAAGGUGCAGAUGCGGAUCGCCCACAAAGGUCUCCGGCUCUCCCUGCUUUCAGCUUCAAUCCCGGCGGUCCUUCGGAUGCCUCCGAGUCUCUGAUGAGCCCCCCUCUUUCGCCUUCAUCGCCACGCAUGAUACCCAAUCGUGGCAGCCACAGACGGGGCGGUAGCGAAUUUGUCGGAGGGAAGCUGAAGGAGGGGGAGUCCAUCACACUCAUGAGUACCAGUCCGACGAGGUCAGAUAGUGGUUUUGCGUCGCCGUCGCUGGCGCCCGUGGACAUGUCGGCACGCCGUGGAAGGCACCAGCAUCGUCGGUCUGCAGCAAUUUCAAGCCACGAUCUCUCCUUGAUACUCAAGCCGCCGGGCAGCCCCAAUCCAUCAAGAGGCAGCAGUGCUCCCACGACUCCAAGAGACUUCGAGGAAGACGUCCAGCCGUUUCCCGAGGCCGUCGUCGAGCCCACAAGCUCUUCUGAACCCGAGGUUAAGGAGGCGCAGGGUGAAGAUAGGACGGAAGAGUCCCUCCCCCUCGACAACAGCGGAGCUGAAGAUGCACCUACGAAGCCCAGCCGGGCGAAGGUUGGCUUUUCCGAUACGCUUGAAUACAUUCCGCGACCUCUUUCCAUGGUUUCCACAGACACUGCAAGUACAGUUACUGGCUACCCAGGUCACUCUGUCUCUGGUAGUAUAUCAUCCAUUAUCUCACUGGGCAAUUCGACGAUUGCAGAUCGCGAACGGCCCGGCAUUCUGUCAUCUCCGGCAUCCGCUUCCGACAAGAAGAGCGAUUCACGACCUAGUACCGCCGGCGCUGUACUGGAGCGCACCCCCAGUUUGCAUGCCAUCACCAUGGAUGAGAACUCGGCAUCGCCCCGCAGACGCAAUUCCAUCCCACUCCUCCCUGGAAUUGCCUCUGAUUCGCCAACAUCACCAGCGCUUCCGAGUCCCACGAAGACACCAAAACGCUGGUCCUUCUUUGGUUUCGACUCUUUUUCAUCGUCUGGGUCGCCAUCUAAGCCACGACCACAUAGCUCAAGCUCAUCCGAGACGGUUCCUCAAACCGCCGAGCGCUCCGCUGACGCGUCAUUGGGCAUCGAAACAGAUGAUGUUGCACAUGAGGCGGAGCCGCAACCCGCACCGAGCAAGUCUAGCAAGAAAAAGAAGCAGAAGAAAGUGAAAUCGUGGGCUGGCUCCAUUUUAACACGCAAAACUAAGUCACGGUCGCAGAAAUCUAAGGCUGCCCGCAGGCGUUCGCAAACACCACCUCCACCGAAAGACGGCCUGGAUGAUGAGCUUGACGAAGAUGAGAUGGAACUGGCGGGGCCAUUGACAGCGCCAAUGGUCAUGGUGACAGAGCAUGGUUUUGACGACAGCAUGACUGGACCCAUCAAACCCCGGCGAAAGUCGGAGGACGAUGCAUCAUAUCCCAUGAUCGACCUCGAUGCUGCGCUCGGCCCAUUCAACACUCCCUCGGCCCGUGAUCCAGCAUGGGAUGCUGCCCAAAGGGCAGGAGCACCACCAAAGCGGCAAUUACAUAGUGCUGCGGGCUUGAGAGGGUUUUCGGGUCCCGGUAUGCACUACCACCGUCGUGCUGAGAGUGCCCCCGAGAUGCCACCUUUUGAAGCAGCCAGGUUCGGUAUUCACAGAUUUGGUAGCUCAUCCACCAUGGCCGACGUUUUUGAAGAGGAUGAGGAGGAGGAGGAUGAAGAUGAUGACGAGGAUGAUGCAGAUAGUUCCAGCUCCAAGGCUUCUUCCGACGAAUCGACACCGGAUGCCAGCGCAGCCCUUGAGGCUAACAUCGAUGCCAAAUCUACAAGCGGCGACUCAGCAACCACACCAACACAGGAAAUUGAUUUCGGCACCAAAGGUGUCAUGUCUCAUCCUGCUUCGGUCAAACGCAAAGGCAGCGGGUCUAGUCUAGAUCUGCAGCCCCCCGGGUCGAGGAUGCGUACCGAAGCUUCUGUAAGCUCACUACACGAAGAGGUCAUUGUCGAAGAAGGCCCUGUGCAUACCGCUGUUGACCAAGAACGCAUCUACGAAACCUAUCAGGAAUCUGACUCUGCUGCACCCUCACCUCGGCGGAUCAUUACGAGUAAGGAACUGGCUCCGGUCGAGAUACACCCGAACCUCCCAGGGCCCUCGAUAGCAUCAGUCAGCCCAUACUCGAUGAGCCACUCGUCCUCCUUCCCCUCACCGAGGUCACCAAUGUCAUAUGAGGCGGCUCACAGAGUCUCAACCGCGCCGUCUUCCGUGACAGAAGAGAACAACUUCCAGUCACUGUUGAUGGGUGAGCCUGGCCCUGAGGUUGUUCGCAUUUCUGUCGAUGUACCCUCAUUGACGAGCAGCAACUCGACAAUGACCCGCGAGAGCCAAUUCCCUGGGGUGCGUCCUCGAAAUAUGCCAUUUCACGAGCAACGUCCCGCGUCGUUUACCGCGACGGCUUUCGGGCGAAGACGGUCCAGCUUGGCGAGUAUCAGCCGUCUCAUUAGCACGUCACACGGUGAACGAAGCAAGCUGAGCAUGGAGGUCCCUCAUGACACCCAACCCGACAAGAAAGCACGAAUAAGUACCGCCAAAAGAUUAAGUCGGAUGAUGCAGUUUUGGAAGCCGAAGGAGUCACCAGCAUCCUAG